AGCAGUUGUUCAUUUAAUAUGGCAGCGCAAUCGCACUGCGGCAAUUGUUAACAUUUAGUUUCAUUCCCGGCGGGAUUAUGUGGCGUCUGGACGAUCCUUUCCUCCCUCCGUUUAAAUGCGGUUAGCGCGUCAGAUGCGCUCAUUUGCAAGGCGUCUCCCCGCACGUUUCUAAUAUGCGCUAAUAUCCUCCGUCUUAUCCAUUGACAGCUGUAGGCUCAAGACCAAUACGUUAAAUAGAAUAGGACGUGUAGCUGCUGCAGAACCUCUUAGGAAGGCGCACAUUGAGCAGCGACACAUUUCCUUGUCUGCUCUGCUGUGUAUAUUGAUUACUGAGUUUCUGUUGCUGGACAAGGCAAAGUAUAUCUCUAAUCUAAGAAGCUGCCAUCCUUCUCAUCUACACUGAUAUGAUUUCAUAGGUAGAAGCAACUGACAGACCUGCGGCCAUGGCCCCAAGAAAGAGGAAUAGCAGAGGGGUCUCCUUCAUCUUCUGCUGUUUUCGGAGCAGUGAGCACCCAGAGAUCACGUAUCGGUUACGAAAUGACAGUAACUUUGCCCUGCAGUCGAUGGAGCCAGCAUUGCCAGUGCCUCCUGUGGAGGAGUUGGAUGCCAUGUUUGCUGAACUGGUGGAUGAACUGGACCUGUCAGAGAAGCACAGGGAAGCCAUGUUUGCCCUGUCAGCUGAGAAGAAAUGGCAGAUUUACUGCAGCAAGAAAAAGGAUCAUGAAGAAGGAGCUACAAGCUGGCCUGAGUUCUACAUCGAUCAGCUGAAUUCAAUGGCUGCUAGAAGAACACUUUUUGCAAUGGACAAGGAAGAUGAAGAAGAAAGAAACAAAACAAUAGAAAGCCUGAAGACUGCACUUAGGACCAAGCCUAUGAGGUUUGUGACCAGAUUUAUCGAUCUGGAUGGGUUAACAUGCAUUCUGAACUUCCUGAAAAGCAUGGACUAUGAAAUAGCAGAGUCUCAAAUACAUACCUCUCUCAUUGGCUGCAUUAAAGCACUAAUGAACAACUCUCAGGGACGGGCUCAUGUCUUGGCCCACACAGAGAGCAUAAAUGUGAUAGCCCAGAGUCUCGCCACUGAGAAUAUAAAAACAAAAGUAGCAGUGCUGGAAAUAAUGGGAGCUGUCUGCUUGGUUCCGGGAGGACACAAGAAAGUUUUAGAAGCCAUGUUACACUACCAACGCUAUGCCAGCGAGCGGACACGCUUCCAGACCCUCAUAAAUGAUUUGGACCGGAGUACAGGACGGUACAGGGAUGAAGUCAGUUUGAAGACAGCAAUUAUGUCCUUUAUUAAUGCCGUUCUGAGCCAAGGGGCUGGCGUGGAGAGCCUGGACUUCAGGCUUCAUCUGCGAUAUGAGUUUCUAAUGCUUGGAAUCCAGCCAGUGAUAGAUAAAUUGAGAGAACAUGAAAAUUCAACACUAGAUAGACAUUUAGAUUUCUUUGAAAUUCUGCGUAAUGAAGAUGAGCUGGAGUUUGCCAAAAGAUUUGAUCUGGUUCACAUUGACACCAAAAGUGCAACUCAAAUGUUUGAACUGAUAAGAAAACGUUUAACACACACAGAGUCCUACCCACACUUUACGUCUAUACUGCACCACUGUCUCCAAAUGCCUUAUAAAAGAAGUGGGAACACUGUCCACUAUUGGCUGUUGCUUGACCGGAUAGUACAGCAAAUAGUUAUCCAGAAUGAAAAAGGACAGGAUCCAGACACCUCUCCACUGGAAAAUUUUAAUGUUAAAAAUGUUGUUCGGAUGUUAGUUAAUGAAAACGAAGUCAAGCAAUGGAAGGAACAAGCUGAAAAAAUGAGAAAAGAGCACAAUGAACUGCAGCAAAAGCUGGAGAAGAAAGAAAGGGAGUGUGAUGCCAAAACCCAAGAGAAAGAAGAGAUGAUGCAGACUCUGAAUAAAAUGAAAGAAAAACUGGAGAAAGAAACCACAGAAUAUAAAAAUGUCAAACAACAAGUGGCAGAGCUGACAGCACAGAUCCAGGAGCUGAACAGUAGAACAGUCUGUGCCCCAGGUCCUGGUGGCCCUCCACCUCCGCCUGGUGCCCCUGGUGGACCAAUGUCUAUGCCUUCUGGUAACUUUAUGCCACCCCCACCUCCUCCUCCACCACCUUUUCCCGGGGGAAUGGCGCCACCUCCUCCACCACCUCCUCCACCAGGAGGGCCACCCCCUCCACCUGGUCUCCCACUAUUAGGUGCUGCGCCUCCAGGGGCUCCUCUGGGUCUUUCUAUGAAAAAGAAAAACAUUCCUCAACCCAAAAACCCCCUGAAAUCUUUCAAUUGGUCUAAACUUCCAGAUAACAAGCUGGAGGGAACGCUAUGGAUUGAUCUUGAUGACGCAAAAGUAUUGAAGAUUUUAGAUCUAGAAGAUAUUGAACGCACUUUCUCUGCUUACCAAAGACAGCAGGAUUUCUUCGUGAAUAACGGCAUCAAACAGAAAGAAAUGGAUUGUACUGAUGAUACGCUCAGUUCAAAAAUGAAAGUGAAGGAACUUUCAGUGGUAGAUGGAAGAAGAGCCCAGAACUGCAACAUUCUCCUCUCAAGGCUAAAGCUGACAAAUGAAGAGAUCAAACGAGCCAUUCUGACCAUGGAUGAGCAGGAGGAUUUGCCAAAGGAUAUGCUAGAGCAGCUUCUGAAAUUUGUUCCUGAAAAGAGUGACAUAGACCUUCUAGAAGAGCACAAGCACGAAUUGGAUCGCAUGGCCAAAGCUGACCGAUUUCUGUUUGAGAUGAGUCGGAUUAAUCACUAUCAGCAGAGGCUGCAAUCUUUAUACUUCAAGAAGAAAUUUGCCGAGAGGGUUGCAGAAGUCAAGCCAAAGGUGGAAGCUAUCCGUGAUGCUUCCAAAGAGGUUCUGCAGAGUAAGAACUUAAAGCAGCUGCUGGAGGUGGUCCUUGCCUUUGGGAACUACAUGAAUAAAGGCCAAAGAGGAAAUGCUUACGGGUUUAAAAUCUCCAGCUUAAAUAAGAUUGCUGAUACCAAAUCCAGUAUUGACAAGAACAUCACCCUCUUGCACUACCUUAUAACUGUUGUCGAGAAGAAGUACCCUAAAAUUGUAAACUUGCAUGAAGAACUGCAGACCAUCUCCGUGGCAGCAAAAGUGAAUAUGACUGAACUGGAGAAAGAAAUCAGCGCCCUGAGAAAUGGUUUAAAAUCGGUGGAAAAUGAGCUGGAAUAUCAGAAGACUCAGCCCACACUCCCAGGAGAUAAAUUUGUCUCUGUUGUCAGCCAGUUCAUCACUGUUGCCGGCUUCAGCUUUUGUGAUGUAGAAGAUCUGCUAUCAGAAGCCAAGGAACUAUUUGUGAAGUCUGCCAAACGUUUUGGAGAAGAGACAAAUAAGAUACAGCCGGAUGAGUUCUUCGGCAUAUUCGAUCAGUUUCUGCAAGCUUUCUUGGAGGCCAAACAGGAAAAUGAAAAUAUUAGAAAAAGGAAAGAAGAGGAGGAGCGAAGAAUACGUAUGGAGGCGCAGCUGAAGGAACAGCGUGAGAGAGAGCGCAAGGCAAGGAAAGCCAAGGAAAAUGGCGAAGAAGAGGGUGAAUUUGAUGAUUUGGUUUCAGCUUUACGUUCAGGCGAAGUCUUUGAUAAGGACCUUUCCAAACUCAAACGGAACCGCAAGCGCAUAGUCAGCCAGACUACAGAGAGCAGCCGGGAGAGACCUGUGACAAAGCUGAACUAUUAAUUACAGUUACCUGCCUUUAACCCCCUAGCAGACUAUACAUAUAUAUAUAAACCUCUGUCCAACUGCCUUGGAACACACUGCUUAGGAGAGAGGGUAAACGUCUGUGUACAUAUGUACCAUAUGUAAAAUAUUGCGUGUGCAUAUGUUUGUGCAUAGUCAUGCACACAUGUAUGUAUAUAGAUUGGAAGAGAAGGUGUAAUUACGGCAGUAUUAUGUGUAUAUGUGUACAGAACCCAGCACAUGUAUACAUAAGCACUGCAAUGGUUUUUUAUAUCGUGCAAAAGCACAAGCUGUUCUGCAGAAAGAGGGCAACUACAUUCUUAUAUAUACACACAGAACAGUCUGUAUAUAAGGGAUUUGGAAUGUAUAGUCAAUGGUUAAAAAGCUGGGGCUCUGCAUCUUCUGUAAAUCUUACUGGACCAAUAAUAAGUUCAUAGGAUCUGUACUGAAAAAACGGACAUUCACCCCACUCAUAAAGCUGAGUAAUAAUGUGCAUAGUAACCACUGAUAACAUGUUUCAUCUCAUGGGACUGUAAGUUUUAGGCUCGGAGCAGCUAAAGCAUUUGGGGUAGAGCUGCAUUGUCUCUUAUAAUUACUGCGCCCAACAAAAGAGAGAAUAUUUUAAGUGCAAAAUGGCCACUGCUUUGGCAGUGAUGGGCAGGACGACUCCUGUAAUAGGGCCUCCAGUUCUUGUGCUCUAGAAAUCCCAAAAUGCAACAGCUGCAAGGCUUCAUGGGGCUUUACCAUGGAAUAGGGAAUGCCAUGUUUCUGUUGUUUGAAAACAUUGUGUGAUUUAAUCAAUUAAAUGGUAAAAAAACAAAAAAACACCAGAAUCAUCUUGCAUUUAGGUAAGUCUUUUUUUUUUUCUCUUUGUUCUUUUUGUUCUGUAAAAUGGCCCAAAAGCUCUGUUUAUUUGUUACAGAAAUUGAAGUUACAGUGGUUUUGUGGCAGUGCACCUCUCAGGGACCGUGAAUAACCUCCCUCCAGCAGUCAGCAGGCAUACUGUAGCUACACAUAGAGGCUCCCACAACCCGCAGACAUACACACUUUCACAACUGUUUAUUUACUUAUUUAUUAUGCUUCAUUCUCUUACAUGCUCUAUAUUGUACCUGCAGGGAGAUCUCUGUUUGCAGUAGAAUUCAAUCAUCUGGAAUAUUUAAGGCAGCAGGGGUUAUCAGCGUUGUACCCCAAGUUGUGAGUACUGACCACAAUCUGUACUAUGCCUCAUUCUCAGGGGACAACCAGGUGUCAUAUGGCUUUUUGGCACUUGUUUGUUACCAUAGACCAGCUUUGUACAGUCUGCUGACAGUUUGUGUGCCCUGUGCUAAUAAACAAGAGCAAAGAGUC